AUGAACAUUGUUUUCUUCGGGGACAGCCAGGUGAGGGUGAUGGAGGACACGGUGACCACCGCCGAGAAGUACUUCGGCCAGCUCUGCUCGCUGCUGGCGGCCUACACCCGAAAGACGGCCCGGCUGCGGGACAAGGCCGACCAGCUGGUCAAGCAGCUCAUCGACUUCGCCAACACCGAGACCCCCGAGAUGCGGGCCACCGUGAGGAACUUUGCCGAGGACCUGGCCAAAGUGCAGGAUUACCGGCAGGCCCAGGUCGAGAGGCUGGAGGUCAAGGUGGUUAACCCCCUGAAGCUCUAUGGGUCUCAGAUAAAGCAGACGCGGGCCGAGAUCAAGAAAUGCAAACACGUCCGGGAUAAUGAGAUCAAACAACUGGAAAAGCUGGAGAAACUGAGGCAGAAGUCGCCUUGGGAUAGGCAGAUGAUCUCCCAGGCAGAGACCAGCGUGCAGAAGGCCUCGGUGGCCACCAGCCGCACCACCCACCAGCUGGAGGAGACAGUUGACGCCUUCCAGAAGCAGAAGCUGAAGGACCUGCAGAAGAUCUUCUCGGACUUUGUGACCAUUGAGAUGGUCUUCCACGCCAAAGCGGUGGAGGUGUACUCCAGCGCCCUCCAGACCCUGGAGAACUAUGACCUGGAGGGGGACCUGGAGGAUUUUAGAGCCAAGAUGCACAGGCUUUAUGGGCAUUACGACGCUCGGCCGCUCAGGGAUACCACUCGCUCCGCAGCUGUCCCUUCGUCUCUCCCCUGCCAGAGUGCUCAGAGCACCAUACAGAGCCAGAGGGAGGAAGAGAAGGCAGGUGAGGACGACUCUGCUGAGGAGGACCUGAAGGAGGACCUCAGGGGAUGGGGUGGGGACUCCAUCAACAGGACAAGAACCCCACAGUCGGAAAACUAG